AUUGAACACAUCCCGUGAGAAUGGUCGUAAAAAAGUUGCUUCAGCUGACAAAAAUCUAAAGGAUAAUCUCAAAAAUUUUCAACAAUAAUAAAUUAAAUUUUGGUAAUAAGCGGAUGUAUUAAUUAAUUGCCAAUUAAAUCACUUGCAUAAAGCGAUUUCAAGAACCCGCGGAAAUUUUUUAUCAAUUACAAGAAAAAAGCAAAAAGAUAAUACGUAAAAUUUUGAAAGGAGGAAAAUGCAAAAAUCAAUAAUUAACCAAUAAACGUAUUGUCGUAGGAGCCGAUCGGUGAACUAUUAAACUAUAAAACGAUACUCGUACCUUUGUAAGCUAUAGCAACUGGCUAAUAUCAUUAUUAUUGUUAUUUGAUUUAAACGACGUUUUGUGGAAAGCAAAAAAGGUUACUUUUCUGUGCUAAAAUCUUAAGGAUAUGUCCUCUGCACCAGUUAUAGUCGAGGCUACGGCCAAGCACACAUCAACAUUCAUUUUUAUGCAUGGUUUAGGAGACACUGGACACGGAUGGAGUAGCGCAAUUGUAUCUAUAAGACCAUCGUGCAUGAAAAUAGUUUGUCCUACCGCGCCUACGCAACCGGUUACAUUAAAUGCUGGAUUUCGUAUGCCGUCUUGGUUCGAUUUGAAAAGUCUAGAUAUCUCAGGGCCUGAAGAUGAAGAGGGCAUAAGAUCAGCAACAAAAAUUAUACAUGGCAUGAUUGAUAAUGAAAUUGAAAAAGGCAUCCCGCCGGCACGUAUUGUAUUAGGCGGUUUCUCGCAAGGUGGUGCGUUGGCUUUAUAUUCGGCUUUAACUUUCACAAAACCGCUGGCGGGUAUUGUAGCACUGUCGUGUUGGUUGCCACUACACAAGCAAUUUCCCGCUGCAAAACUUAAUAACAACAAUAUACCGAUUUUCCAAGCUCAUGGCGACUUUGACCCAGUUGUCCGUUAUAAAUUUGGUCAGCUGAGUGCCAGUGUCUUGAAGUCGUUUAUGAAGGAUGUCACCUUCAAAACUUAUCAUGGACUAUCACACUCCUCAUCGGAUGCAGAAAUGGAUGAUGUCAGAGAUGUCCUUGCCAAAUGGGUAAAAUAAUUAUAAACUCAAUCUAAUUUGUUUUUGUUCAGUUGUUACACGCAAGUAUUACACACCAUUUUAGGACAACAACAACAAAUCAAAUUAAAUAUUUAAAAAUAGAAAACAACCAAUACUUUCAGACUUGAUUUAAAAACAAGGCCAAUAAAGCUGAACUAAAUUAAAUAACUAUAGCAAGAAACUAAAAAAAAAAAAAAAAAAAAAAA